AUUGAACCAACAAACAAAAAAAGAACAACAACAAACAAACUACAAACUUUUGAGUUUUUCCACUGCACACUUAAAACAACAUACACGACACACGUACACGCUAAACUUUUCAUUGAUUUCGCUCACUCUCAGGUCUCUCUUUUUCUUUUUACGCUGUGAUUUUUGAUUUUGGCUUUACGUUGUCGAUUCAACUGAGUGAUUACAUUUUACAAGACUAAUUCGCCUACAACAAAACAAAAAAAACAGGUACAAAUACUCCUUUUGAGUGACGUCUGAGGAAAUUAAGCGCACACGAUAUUGUUGUUGUUUUCUCUUUAUAUUCAUAUAUUAUAUAUAUAUCUAAGUUAGUAUAUAAGUCAGGAUGAACGCGAGAACUCAGAUUUUCGAGUUGGCGAUGGAAGGUAGACAGGUGGAUGAGGCGGUGGCCAGCAUCUUCCACACCGUGCUGUUCCACCGGUCCCUCGGGAAGUUCUUUUACACGGGCGAGGGUAACUACUCGGUGGGAACGCUCGGAUACACGGACGUGGAUUGUGAUUUUAUCGAUUUGACUUACGUAUGCUGCACGUCGCGCGCUUUGGACCUGAACCUACGCAGGGAGAUCUCGUGCUUCUCGGAGCAGCUGAGGGGGAACGAAGGUACGGGCAUCGGCCAGAUCAGCCUCGAGUUCUUCCAGAAGAAGCCGGCCAAAUGGUUUGGCCAGCAGGAGUGCAUCCCGUGGGAGGUGUGGACAGUCCGUCUGGAGUUGCUCUCCCUGCAGAACGAGGACGAGAGGCUGGUAUGUCGCGAGAAGGUCGGCGAUCUGCUCACCGAGAAAGUCCUGUACAUCACCGAGGUGAUGAACAGGCACGAAUACCUUCCGAAGAUGCCGAACCAAUCGGAGCUCGGUCUGAUCUUCGACACCUCCUACGUGGACGUGCAGCCCUACCUCUUCAAGCUGAACUACGUCUCCGGCCAGUCCGCCUCCUCCUCGAUCACCAACACCAUGAAGAAGCUGAUCAAGGCCAUGUGAAUAAUAAUAAUCCUAUCCACCCGGGUGCUUAGUUUCUUAAUUCUAGCCAAGCAUUUUCUUACUACUGCGUGUAUAUCUUAAUCGCACUUCAUUAGUUUUUUUUUUUAAAUUAAUAUUUCUGUUUGUUCUUUAUCUCAUUAGCUCUUAAUUAUUUAAUUGUAUUGAUAUUAGUUCCAUUUAAGCGCGCGCCAACACCAAAACGAUUUAUCUCAUAGUUCCGUUUUCUUUUUUUUUUUAAAUUUCGUAUUGACAACACAUAUUUUUAAGUAAUCGAUUCGUUUCUCUUUUGUUUGUGUACAAAUUCGGCUUAAUUGGCUUUGAGUUCCGCGGGCGGCACCAACGGAACCAACAAAACAAAAUCGAGUCUACAAAUUUAUAUUAAUGAGAGAGAUAUAUAUUUAAAACAAACAAACAAACAAAAGAAAAAAGAGAUACAUAUAUUAUAUAUAUUUUAGUAGGCGAGGCAGGAAAAAAUGACGAGAAAAGCAAAAAAAAACUCACUAGUUGAUGUUGUGUAAGAAAGUGGUAAUAGAUUAGACUAAAGAAGAAAAGAACACUGCGCUUACUUUUUUUUCUUUCUUUUAAAUCUAUCGUUUACGAAUCUCUUAUUAAUUAUUUGAUAAAAUUUAUAAUAAUUUUGUUACUUUUUUUUUUGUAAUUUUAAUACCACUUGACUUAAAAAGAAUCUGCUUUGUUACUAACUAAAUGGAUGUAAAUGGGUGUAAAACGGUAGCGGUGUUUGCGACUUUGUAAACGAUAUAACGGCGAGUGUAAACGUAAUUGAUUUAUAGAAGAAGAUGUUGAAAAAUCAUAGUUUAUAAUGAAACAGAGAAGAUGUUCGUGAUGAAUAAGAAGUAGAGUCAGUCGACUUCGAUGUGUAACUGCCAUUGGAUUAAGGAAGAUGUAAAUAGGUGUUCUGUCGCGUUCGUUCGGUUUUUAUUUCUAUGAACGUCGUUUUAUAAGCAAACAAAACAAAAUAUUAAUAUAAUAACUU